AUGCCGAAGGACACAAACACCACCGUCCUGCUGGACGACGAGGAUCCGGCCGUCAACCGGAUAGCCGUUCGGAUACCUCCGUUUUGGCCAGACGAACCCGAGCUAUGGUUCGCUCAGCUAGAGGGACAACUCACCCUUAGCGGCGUCACGGACGAUGGCAUCAAAUUCGCACAAGUCCUAUCACGGAUGGAGCCGAAACAAGCACGAGAGGUGAAGGACAUCAUCACGCAUCCGCCAACCCACCAGAAAUAUGAAACUAUCAAGAGAGCGUUGAUACAGCGACUAUCAGUAUCCCACGAACAGCGGAUACGCACGUUAGCCGGCACCACGGUGCCAGACGACCUCCUACGCACCCUAUGGUUGGGGCGACUUCCAACACAGAUGCAGGCUAUCCUAGCUACACGCACUCAAGACAAAUUGGAGGACGUAGCCGAACAGGCCGAUCGCAUACACGAAGUCGGAAGCAGGUCAAUGAUAUUAGCAACCACAACCCCGCAGAAGGCUACCCCACCCGCCUGGGAAGCACAGAUAGAGGCCCUACGACAGCAAGUCGCUACCCUCACCACGGGAAUGACCGAUUUGGCGCAAAGCAUGACAAAGGAUAAAAACCGGAACCGCUCCAGAGGGAGACAGCGAGAGCGAUCGAGAAGCAGAGCGAGGGAUAGAACCCCUCGGCAAGACGGGAUAUGUUUUUACCACCGUCGAUUCGGCAGCAAGGCCGAAAAAUGCACGAAGCCCUGCAUCUACAAACCGGGAAACGACGAGGGCAAUCGUUGA